AUUGAAAAUACGUUUUGUACUUUUUUUGACGAAGUUAAUUUAAUUCACGCACACCGUUUAGAAGAAAACAAAGAAAACGCGCGGAUUCUGUCUGUGUGCUGCUGAAUUUGAUUCUCACUGUUUUUUCAUUUAAAUUCUGAAAAACAAAAAUCUGGGUUUGCAGGGUUUAAUCGAAACAGGAUCUGGGUUUGUCUUGGAUUUCGAAAUGGUGAAGUUCACAAAGAGCUUUAAGCCUAAACAAGAAAACAAGAAAGAGAGAAGGAAAUGGAGUUCAUGGUGGUUGAUUGGGGCGUCACUGGCAGUUGUAUUAGCAGUGAUUGCAGCUGGCACUGUGUCUCCGAUGAAUGCUUCAAAGAUUGGUUCUUUGAUUAGUAGCAAUUACAAGUCAUGUCAAUGUUCUUCUGCUCAGGAUUCAGGGAAGUAUAAGGGAAUGAUUGAGGAUUGUUGUUGUGAUUAUGAGAGUGUAGAUAGUGUUAAUGGAGAGGUGUUGCAUCCUUUGCUUCAAGAGCUUGUUACAACACCGUUUUUUCGGUAUUUUAAGGUUAAAUUGUGGUGUGACUGCCCUUUCUGGCCGGAUGAUGGUAUGUGCCGCCUACGUGAUUGCAGUGUCUGUGAAUGCCCAGAAAAUGAAUUCCCUGAACCUUUUAAGAAGCCAUUCCGCCGUGGUCUUCCAGCAGAUGAUCUGAUGUGUCAAGAGGGAAAGCCACAGGCUGCUGUUGAUCGCACAUUAGACAGUAGAGCUUUUAGAGGAUGGAUAGUGACAGAUAAUCCAUGGACAAAUGAUGAUGAGACUGAUAAUGGUGAGCUGACAUAUGUGAAUCUUCUACUGAAUCCGGAGCGCUACACUGGUUAUGCUGGUUCAUCAGCUAGAAGAAUAUGGGACGCUGUUUACUCAGAGAAUUGCCCAAAAUAUGCAUCUGGAGAGAUUUGCCAGGAGAAAAAAGUAUUAUACAAAUUAAUAUCUGGUCUCCACUCUUCCAUUUCAAUCCAUAUAGCUGCUGAUUAUCUUCUUGAUGAGAGCACCAAUAAGUGGGGUCAGAACCUGGAAUUGAUGUAUGAUCGUGUUCUAAGAUAUCCUGAUCGUGUCAGAAACUUGUACUUCACGUUCCUCUUUGUUUUGCGCGCCAUGACUAAAGCAGCAGAUUACCUGGAGCAGGCUGAGUAUGACACCGGUAACAAUACAGAGGACCUAAAGACACAAUCUUUAGUGAGGCAGUUACUUUACAACCCCAAGCUCCAAGCUGCUUGUCCUCUUCCAUUUGAUGAAGCUAAGUUGUGGCAAGGCCAAAGUGGACCUGAACUGAAGCAGCAAAUUCAAAAGCAAUUCAGAAAUAUUAGUGCAUUGAUGGACUGUGUUGGCUGUGAGAAGUGUCGACUUUGGGGAAAACUUCAGGUUCUUGGCCUUGGUACUGCAUUGAAGAUACUCUUUUCUGUUGAUGGUCAAAAUCAACCAAGCGAAUCUCCGCAACUCCAACGAAAUGAAGUGAUUGCGCUGGUGAAUUUGCUCAAUCGGCUCUCAGAAUCUGUCAAAUUUGUACGUGAACAGGGUCCUUCAAUCGAGAAGAUCAUGGAAAGACAGAUAUCAGAUUCUUCUGAACCCAAGCAUGGUAGUAAAUGGCAGAGAGCAGGGCAGUCACUGUUUCAGCUUUGGUAAUUCAUUGGUUAUCCUUCUACAUUGUUUAAGGUUCAUGGUAACAAUGCCUGAAGUUCAUAAAACACAUGCUGUAACAAUUUUGAAGACAGUAUUACAGUUAUACAUCCCAACAUCGUUUAAAAGUACUAGGUCAGGAUUUUUGCAGAAGCACGGUUUUCCUGAGGAAUACAAGUCCAUACACAUGUAGGCAUAAAAGAGUCUGGAGUAAACAUAGUUUUUUGACAUUUCAAAUGUGGUGUCAAAGACGCCUGAUGUACUUAUUUAUACAUUUACCUGAUUGGGCC